ACUCAAUAACACAUCUUCAAUUAGUCAAAAAGAAGUAAAAGGGUAACGAUGGAAAAAAGUACAAAUACCCAUACACCUCAUCUACCAAUCAAUCAAGGCUACUAAUUCUUGAUUUUUUUCCCAAAGAAUUUGUGUAUCUGAAAAUUAAUGGUUUUCAAGAAACUUGUAUUGAUGAUGAUGGGUUGUCUAGGAUGUGCUGGUCAGCCCACAGAGCCUUCUACUGAGAAAACUGAAUCCAAAUCACUUAUAGAUGAAUCUGUUGUUGUCACUUCACCUAGAGUCAAACUUGGUGAUGGUAGAUAUCUUGCUUAUAGAGAAAGAGGGGUACCCAAAAACAUAUCCAAAUACAGAAUCAUCAUUGUUCAUGGCUUUGGCAGUUCUAAAGAAAUGAGCUUUAUGGCUUCUGAUGAACUUCUUGAUGAAUUGGGGAUAUACCUUUUGAUCUUUGAUAGAGCUGGAUAUGGAGAGAGUGAUAUAAAUUCAAAAAGGUCGCUUAAAAGUGAAGCGUCUGAUAUUGAAGAGCUAGCUGAUCUGUUGGAAUUAGGAUCCAGAUUCUACGUAAUAGGUGUGUCGUUGGGAUGUUACCCGGCUUGGAGUUGCAUCAAGCACAUUCCUGGAAGGCUUGCAGGUGUUGCUCUCGUCGUUCCCUUUGUCAAUUAUAAAUGGCGCACACUGCCUAAGGAUCUAGUGAAGAAUGAUUACAGGAAACAACUCUCUCGGUGGGUAAUUUGGAUCACAUGUUAUGCUCGGGGGAUAUUACAUUGGUGGUUGACUCAGAAAGUUUUCCCAUCAGCGUCUGUUCUUGAUGGAAAUCCUCAAUUUUUCUGUGAGAGAGACUUGGAAGUGUUGAAGAACACACCGGGAUAUCAGUUGUUCACUCAGGAUGGCCUUAAGGACCGAAGUGUAUUCGACUCCCUUUGUAGUGACAUUAAUGUAGCUUUUGGAAAAUGGGAUUUUAAUCCGUUGGAGCUAACUGACCCAUACCCACAAAACGAAAGCUCGGUUCACAUCUGGCAAGGUGUCAAAGACAAAGUUGUGCCUGUUCAGUUACAAAGACACGUCUCGCAAAGGCUGCCCUGGAUUCGAUAUCACGAAGUUCCUGACUGUGGUCACUUGCUUGUGUAUGACACUGCAGUGUGUGAAGCUGUCUUGACAUCACUUUUGCUUUGGGAAGAUCCUCCAUUAUACAAGCCAAAGUUAGCAGAUCACUAAGUAUUUAUUCCCUGUAAGUAGAUUGAUUUCUUGAAAUUAAUUAAUACAAGUGUGAUUGAUUUGCAUUGUCUUCAUAAACUUUUUGAGGUAUUUCAACUGUACUAGACAUAGAUAUUGAAACAUAAAAGGGAAGGAUAUCUUUAAGGCGACGAGACUUGCUAUUACGGGUAUCAGUUUUCAUUGAAAAAUCUUGUCAAAGAAUGAUUGACACCCCCUUUCUCUCCUAUAUCUAAACUGAAACUGAAGCUAAAGUGAUUGAGUUUUGUAGAUCUGCGUGCUGUAGCAGAUUCAUCAAGUUGGAUGCAUACUGCUAAAUAACUUUACUUGUUUUCAUCUAAGGUGCAUCGAUCGCAACACAAUAGAAAUCAAACUCGAGUAUGCAGAUUACUAUGUUUGACAAUUUUUGAUGUUUUUGUAUGUAUUCAAGAAGAAUUAAGACAGAUAAAGGGACUUGGUUGAGCUUUUCUGCAAAU